ACAAAUUUCUCAGCUUUCUUUCACUCUUUUCUCUCUAGGGUUUUAACAAAAAUCUGUUUUUUUUUACUAGAUUUCAUAAGCUUUUCAGGUGAUUCUUCGCUGUGGGUCUCGAUUAGUUCUCGUAGAUUCCGAUUCGAAACCAUGUCUCUAGUUGAAAAUCCUUCUCUUGAACCACAAUCCAAAACACGUAAGAUCGAUACAGAGAUCAAAGAGACUACAUCUCGUAAUUGCCAACACUGGUUCGUCCGCAACAGAAUCUGUAUCUCCUGCAAUACAACACUGGACAAUUACGAAGGAAGAUCUUUUGAUUAUCUCUACAAAGUAAUGCAUAUGAGUCACGAAGCUUUAGUUUUUACAAAACGGGUCAUCUCUCAAACCUCUUGGCUUGAAGACAAGAAGCUUCACUUAGUACUUGACUUGGACCACACGCUUGUCCACACCAUUAAAGCUUCACAGCUUUCUGAAUCUGAAAAGUAUUUAACAGAAGAAGUGGGAUCGAGGAAAGAUUUAUGGAGAUUCAACAGUGGGUUUCCUGAUGAAUCAUUGAUAAAGCUAGCUGAGACCUUUUGUUCACAAGUUGUGUUGGAGUUGAUUGAUCCGGAGAAGAUUUACUUUGGAAAUCGUGUUAUAACGAGAAGAGAGAGUCCUGGUUUGAAGACGCUUGAUCUUGUGUUGGCUGAUGAACGUGGGGUUGUGAUUGUUGAUGAUAAGUGUAGUGUUUGGCCUCAUGACAAGAAAAACUUGCUGCAGAUUGCCAAGUACAAGUAUUUUGGAGACCAAUCUUGUUCAUUUUCAGAAUGUAAGAAGAAGAGAGAUGAGAGUGAGGAGAAAGGACCAUUGGAUAUUGUUUUGAGAUUCCUCAAGGAUGUUCACAAUGAAUUCUUCUGUGACUGGUCGAGGAAAGACUUGGAUUCAGUGGAUGUGAGGCCGUUGCUAAAAGAGAUUUCUUCGAGAUGGAAGCACAAAGCCUAGGUUGUGGUUUGAAAUUUAAAUGUUGAUUCAUUGUUUAUGUUUCUAAGUUUUGUUUAUUAUAUUAGAUAUUGAUAUUGGUAGUUUAUUGUUAAGGGGGUACAUUUAGGCGUUUAGAAAAUGUAAUGAGAUAUGACUUUUGAUUCAGAUUCAAUCUAUAAUGCUUCACUGAAAAAUGUUUGCCGUUCUUAUGGAAUCACAAUAAGGAUCGGUGUUUCUGGUUCUAACAACAUUUAGUGAGACAAGAAACAUAUAAUGAUAUAAAAACUUGAAAUUGAAAAGCUCUCUGCUCAGUCAACUUCCCAAAAGACAAAGAGCACAUUCGUGUUUUAUCCUUGAGUACAAUGAUUAAUGAUGUUUGUGUUUUCCUCAAUGUAUGUACUUGAAACAUCUCUGAUAUGGAGACAGUCCUUGUCCUGUAACAGUAAAAGACCAGUAAACAACAAACAUGGAUAGAGAAAAGAGUUAUCAUGAAACUGAAUUGUAGUCUUGAGUUUCCUUUUGAGCUCUUAUAGGCAUGAAUCAGUCUUAGCUACAACUUCCUCUUGCAGCUUCUUUCUUUCCAUAAGCAUCUCAAUUCUUAACAAAAGCUUUGUACAUGCAGAUUCAAUCCAGUAGGUUUUAAGUGCUUACGUUACGUUGUAAUCAUGUUGUCUUAAUUGAGUGAACAACAUACUCAUCUAUGGUUCUUUGUAUCACUUAUAUUGUAUCGAAUCUUUGAUGUAUGAGCAUUUGUAGGCUUGUAGCUAAGAUGAGAGUUUGUGUUAGUCGUUUUGUAACAAAAACAAUGAAUGAUU